AUGGUGCUCUUCGUGCUGUACGUCAAGGCGGACCUUGAGAACGUCGGGUCGAUCGAGGCGCCGGCGCUCCACCGCUGGUGCUUGGACAUCAAGGAGCCGACGGGCGAUGAGACCCGCGAGGGCAUCUGGGUCUCGGACGAAGAAGAGCUCGAGGUCUCGGGCAGCCGCGGCACGGCGCACUUCCUCAUGAAGUGGCCGGGCGCCAAGAAGGAGAGCCAGCUCACGGUCGUGCGCGACAUCAAGAAGCUCACGCGCGCCAUCUCUGCCAACGACUCGGGCGAGUACGUGCCGCUCGUGGGCUUUGAGUGCCGCGGCAUCGAGCCCGUUAGCUGGAGCCCCGAAGACGGUUACAAAAUCACGUGCGCCGACAGCGGCACGGUCUUUGAGAACGUCAACCUCUCGGAGGACUGGGCCGAGUACGACGAAGAGGGCGACCAGUCCGUCGGCGUCUACGCCGUCGAGCACAAGUUCGAGGUGCGUCGGGAAAAGUAA